AUGUCUCGUAGCGAGGGAGGAUGUCGCCUUGCGAAUCCCGCAGGAACAACAACAACAACAGCAGCAGCAGCAGCAGCAGCAGCAGCAGCAGCAGCGACAGCAGCGCAGCUGCGGCCCCGCCGCGGCUUCAGGAGGCCAGCAGCAGCAGCAGCAGCAGCAGCAGCGACAGCAGCGCAGCUGCGGCCCCGCCGCGGCUUCAGGAGGAAGGUUCUCUCGUCUGUCCUCUUGCUGCUGCUGCUGCUGCUGCUGCAGCUCCAUAUUGACAAGGCCAGCUGCAGUCUCGUCUUCAGGGCUCGUACAGCCAGCAGUAACAGCUACAGCAACAGCUGCAGCAAUAGCUGCAGCAGCCGCAGCAACAGCUGCAGCAGUAGUAGUACUGUUAAUGGAAGCAGCAGGCGCACUGUCUCUGCCCAUCGGCUGAUAUCUGAGGGGGUCAAUCACUGCGGCUCCCUCUCUAUCCCCUACACACCGCAGCAGCAGCAGCAGCAGCAGCACGAACUUCUGCUGCAGCCGCUGCAGCAAACCCCCCAGCAUCAAGCUGCCUUGAUCGGCAGGGUCCAUAGCAGGCGGCGAUCCGUUUUUUUCCUGAGGCCCAGGCACAGCAGCAGUCUUGCUGCAGCACGUUGUGACGCAGCAGCAGCAGUAGCAACAGCAGCAGCAACAGCAGCAGCAUCGGGAGGUGUCCGUACAGCUCAUUCAAAGGGAGCUUCAGAAAGGAAGCGAUUAAAUCAAAUGAUGCCAGGAGCGCGGGUGGGGGCAACGAGGACGUCAGCAGCAGCAGCAACAGCAGCAGCAACAGGAGCAGCAGCAACAGGAGCAGCAGCGACAGGAGCAGCAGAUGUGCCGCCUUCAGCUGCGAAGGUGAGGAGGGUGGGGGGGGGCUCUUUGGAUGUCAUAGAGCUGUCCUUCUCCUCCCUCGACUCCACGCAGAAGUGGGCAGAGCGGCAUCUAGACGAGCUCGUGUAUGCACACCUGCAGCAGCAGCAGCAGCAGCAGCAGCAGCAGAAGCAGCAGGAGCGGCAGGGGGGGUGCUGCCUGUGCAUAACUGCAGCGCAGCAAACCGCUGGUGUGGGUACUCGGAGAGGAGAUACAGGAGAGGAGCGUCGUUGGGUUUCUGCUGCAGGAAAUUUGCAUGCAACAUAUUUGCUGCCUUGGCGGCAGCAGCAGCAGCAGUUGCUGCUGCAUCUACCUUUUGUUGCUGCUCUGUCUGUACAGCGCGUGCUGCAGCAGCUAGGCGUUCAAUACCCACAGAUCAAAUGGGUCAAUGAUGUUCUCGUUCACAACAAAAAAAUUGCGGGUGUUCUCUGCCAGAACACCAACCGCACCCUUUCUGCUGCUGCUGCUGCUGCUGCUGCUGCAGCUGCUGCUGCAGGGCAAAGGACUCCUGCAGCACCAGCAGCAGCAACAGCAGCAUCUGAUGAUGUUGUUGUUUUGAUGGGGAUCGGCCUCAAUCUUAUUUCUCAUCCUUGGGGGCAGCUGAGUGACUGCUGCUAUCAAGGCAGCACAGAUGUGCGUGAGGUGCUGCAGCAGCAGCAGCAGCAGCAGCAACAGCAACAGCAACAACAGCAAAAACAGCAGCUAAAACAACUGCUGCUGCAUCAGUACAACGACCUCGCCAUCGAUUGCGCAGCAGAAGCUUCAGCAAAGGCAAGGGCUGGGACUGCAGCGAUUGCGCAGCAGAAGCUUCAGCAAAGGCAGCUGAAAAAGCUGGUGGAAUCACCCCGCAAGAGGCAGCAGCAGUGUCUCAAGGGUAGCCACAGCAGCAACAGGAGCAGCUGCUGCAGCAGCAGCAGCAGCAAAUGCCAGCCUCACGGCACAAGCUGCGCAUACUGCAACAGCUGGCCAAGCAGCAGCGCCGCAAACUCAGCAGCACCAGCAGCAGCAGCAGAAAAUGGGCGGCCACAGCGACUGUUGCCGCGCUCACGCACCCGCCAGAUGGCAGCAGCAGGAGCAGCAGCAGCAACAGCAACAGCAACCGCAGCAGCAACAAUAGCAGCUGCAGCAAGAGCAGCAACAAUAGCAGCAGCUGCUGCAACAAGGCAGCGACUGUUGCAGCGCUCACGCACCCGCCAGAUGGCAGCAGCAGGAGCAGCAGCAGUAACAGCAACCGCAACCGCAGCAGCAACAAUAGCAGCUGCAGCAAGAGCAGCAACAAUAGCAGCAGCUGCUGCAACAAGCCUUUCACAUGCUUACCCACUAAUGACAAUGUCUUCGCAUUGCCUGCGCUGCAGCAGCAGCAGCAACCAGAGCAGCGGCAAAGGCAAAGGCCGCAGCACCAGCAGCAACAGCAGCAGCAGCAGCAACAGCAGCAACAGAGACACCGGCGCACCUUGGUGUUGGGUUGUUGCGGCCGCCGCCGUUUGCUGCUCGCUAGACGUCUAG